AUGGAACUCAACCGAGAACAUUUUCGCGCCAUAAUUUAUUACAACUUGCAGAGACAAUUUUCGCAACAAGAAUCGAGAAUUUCCCGUUGGUAUGGAGAAUUCAAACGUGGACGGCUGAGUCUUAGCGACGAUCCCAGGGUGGGUGCACCAAAAAUGGCGGUCACCCAGGAAAACGUCGAUGCUGUGCGCAAACUCAUCAUUGAAGAUAGACAUGUGACAUAUCGCGAGAUUGAGGCGUCCUUGAAGAUCUCAAAGACCUCAAUUCAAAAAAUUUUACAUGAAGAAUUGGGAGUAAGAAAAUUAGUUUCUCGGUUAAUUGGUUUUCAAAAAACGCUUGACCGUUUCAAUUCCGGAAACUCAAAAAAUGUGUACAGCAUUGUUAGUGGUGAUGAAUCGUGGAUUUACGGUGAAGAAAAGCCAACAAAAGUCAUCCGUUCUCGAAGUGUUUCGAAAAAGAUGGUCGCGACAUUUCAAAGAACUAUUACUGCAGAUUGGUAUACCACCAUUUAUUUGCCAAAAGUCAUCACCGAGCUUCGAAAAAUCAACCCCGAAAGAAGAAUCAUCCUCCACCAAGAUAAUGCAAGCUCGCACACAGCCCAAAAAGCAAGGCAGUAUUUAACGGAAGAAAACGUGGAAUUAUUGGACCAUCCUCCGUAUAAUGCCGAUCUAAGUCCUACCGAUUUCUUUACUUUUCCGAAAAUUAAAAACAGACUGCGUGGUCAAAGGUUCCAGUCACCAGAAGGAGCAGUUGACGCAUUCAAAAAUGCCGUUUUGGAUCUGCCAACAAACGAGUCGAAUAAGUGCUUCGAAAAUUGGUUCAAGCGCAUGCAGAUGUGUAUUAAUCUUCCUGGAGAAUACUUCGAAAAAAUCUAAAGUCGUUUAAAACUA